AUGACACCAGUAAAGUGAGUGGGUUGCACUCUUUAAGUGCUGGAAUAGUGAAUAAGGUACCACCUGCCCUUGCAGGUUAAAUUGCUGAAUUAUGGAACUGAGGCUUUAAUGGUUCCAUUUGUGAGCGGUUUGACAAAAUCCUUGACUCUACAGCACCUACAGCCUGACCCGCCUGCUACCGCUCUACAGCACCUACAGCCUGACCCGCCUGCUACCACUCUAUAGCACCUACAGCCUGACCCGCCUGCUACCGCUCUACAGCACCUACAGCCUGACCCGCCUGCUGCCGCUCUACAGCACCUACAGCCUGACCCACCUGCUGCCGCUCUACAGCACCUACAGCCUGACCCGCCUGCUACCGCUCUACAGCACCUACAGUCUGACCCGUCUGCUGCCGCUCUACAGCACCUACAGUCUGACCCGUCUUCUGCCGCUUUACAGCACCUACAGUCUGACCCGUCUGCUGCCGCUCUACAGCACCUACAGUCUUACCCGUCUGCUUGCGGCUCUACCUACAGCCUGA